AUGGGCUCUCGUCCUCCUACGGCGGAUCCUGUGGACGUCACUACGCAAGCUGAAGAAGGUGAGGAAGCUACUAGUAAUGCUAUUACUAGUAGUAGUAUCGUGGUGGAGUGUCCUCCAGUACGAAGCGGCGUGGCUUUGAACGGAGAGACUCUUUUGACGGAGGAUCUCAAGAAGCUACUUUUAGAGUUUCCACUCGAGAUCACCAAUGACAAAUCUCUACGUGGAGUUGUACCAGAAGGCACACAGUUUUCCAGUUUGCACGCGGCUUUGCAGUACAUUCAUGCAGCGCUCAAGGCCAAGUUGGGACCUAACACUGCUGUACAAUUCCUACCAGGGUCUACAGGAGAAACCAGUACCAGUACAGGAGAUCUCAAGAUCAUCACCAUUCGUCUAGAAGACAACCAACAAGGCCUAGCUGCAAGUACUAGUAGUACUGUGCAACUCAAGCUACAAGUUCAGGCACAAGCUGCAAGUGAAGGUACAGAACUACAAGACCAGGCAGAUCUUCCUCUUGUCUUGCUAGAGUGCACUACAAGUACAAGUAUCCAGCAAGCAACCGAGACUGAACCUGAAAAGGACACAGUAACGACGGAACCUGAAGCACCUGAAGCACCUCAACCUACUGAAACUGAAACUAAGGAUGCAACCCCGGUUGAAGCUCCGUCUCCCGCCCAAGAAACCCCGGCUGAAACUACAGCUGCAAAAGAACCUAAGGAUGCUGCCACUGAGGAUCCUCCAGCUGAUGCUGCCAAAGAAACCCCGGCUGAAGCUCCUUCUCCUGCCACAGAAACUCCCGCUGAAGCUUCAGCUACAAAGGACACCCCCACGCAACCUGAAACGACCUCUGAUCCACCCAAAGACCCGGCGGCUACCGGUACCAAUACGACGGAUGCGGUGGAGGACAAAAAGUCGGAGGUCGAACCGUCCGCUGCCGGUACUGGUACUGGCACUGGCACAACACCCGAAACUGCAUCGGAAGCAAACAACGCCACCAAAGACAUGAUGGAGACUGAUGACGCCACCAAGACGGAAAAAAACACGGAGACUCAAGAUGACGCAAUCAAGAAGACACAGGAUACCGCCGACACGCCUGUAGAUCCUGAUGCGGAUGUAGACGCUGCCAAUAAAAAGACGGCACGAAAACCUACCAUGGUCAACUUUCGAAAAGCCGGAGAACAAGAUGAGGAGGACAAUGACCACCAAGACAACAUCAACAAUGACGAUGAUGACGACGAGUCCACGUCGGAUGAAGAAGUCAUUGCCGAACCACAAGAGACUGCUGGAGAGGCACAAAAGAAACGAUUCGCAGAACAGUGGCAAACCAUGCUCGGGAGGCUCAAGGCAUACAAAGACACAAACGGCGAUUGUCUUGUCCCCAAAGAUUAUCCACUCGACCAGAGUCUAGGAUCAUGGGUGCACGCACAACGAUCCAAUUAUAGACUUAAAACCAUGCCGCAGGCACGCAUCGAUGCCCUGGAAGCCAUUGCGUUCCCUUGGAAAGUACGAGAUAUACAAACUUGGGAAACCAUGUACGAACGAUUGCAAGUAUAUCAUCAAAAACACGGAAACUCCGAUGUACCUCGAAAGUGCGAAUCCGAUCCACGGCUAGGCAGAUGGGUACAGCAGCAACGACGUGAUUAUCGAGAAGAAAAGUUGCCGCACGACAAGGUCGCUCUACUCGAGAAUCUCUACUUUGUCUGGAGAGUCGCCGCCACGGCAAAGGGUGGAGUCCGACGGGAGAAUAUGGAAGAAUGGAAUCGCAUGUUUGCCAAGCUACAACAGUACCAACUCGAACAUGGAAACUGCCUCGUGCCAAGAGAAUACGAAAAGGACCUCGAGUUGGGACGAUGGGUUCGACAGCAGCGCACACGCAAGUCACUCUCGGAUGAACAAAAGUCGCAACUCGAUGCCUUGGGAUUCAUGUGGAAGGUACCGCACAAGAAGAAGGCACAAGUCUCCUUUGAAGAAAUGCUAGAACGUCUACAGGGAUUCAAACAACGAUACGGUGAUUGUAUGGUUCCCGCCAUUUAUCCUGAGGAUUUGCCCUUGGGAAGAUGGGUCCAGCGCAUGCGACAAGACUACAAGAAGAACAUCUUGACGGAUCAACAAAUCUUUCAAAUGGACUCCCUCGGCUUUACGUGGAAGUGCGCUCGAGGACGGCAGAAGAUCAACUAUGCCUCGGAUAUCCCAAACUAUUUCCAGUCGCAAGAGUACCUGCUGAAAUUCAACGCCGCCAACGGUGGUGUGGUGGAUCCCAAUAACCCACUUCAGUUCCAACAGCCACCACAACAGGACGGAGCCAUUUGGUCGCCCAAGGCCGCACCAGAGUUCUGGGAAGCGCAGUUCCAGAAACUCAAACAGUAUCAGGCACAGAAUGGUCACUGCAAUGUCCCACGGAAUCACUUUGAGGACCAGUCCUUGGCCAAGUUUGUCGUGGCCCAGCGCAGUUUCUACCACAAGGGGCAGCUCUCGGAAGAAAACAUUCAGAAGCUCGAGUCGAUUGGUUUUGUUUGGCGGAUCCAGCGUCAUUGGGAAGAAAACUUUCAGUUGCUCAAAGCCUACUACGACAAGCACGGCAACACGGACGUCCCAGUGGACUACGCCGAGGAUCCAAAGCUUGGACGUUGGGUCCGUGAGCAGCGACUCUUUAGCAAACGCAAGGAACUUUCCCAGGAGCGUCUCGAUCGCAUGAAGGAGCUGGGAUUCGUCUGGAAUGCUCCCGGAGCGACGAGUGCGCUCACCAAGCGACCCAAGUCCAUGACGUGUCCUAAAGAUGCUCCUGCCGUCGUGGCAGGAUUGGGAGCCGUCACCACCGCCCCUGACGCAACUACAGGAGUUAAAGACGAAAGCAACAAUGGCGAAUUUGGCGUUCCAGUGGCUUCUGCGGCGUUGAAGGAAAAGACGGCCAAGCUGCAACAAGCCAAUGCCAAGCUAGGAGCGGAUCGAAAGAAUCUCAAGAUUGAAAACCAGGAGCUCCGUCGCAAGCUGCGAGAAGCCGAAGAGAAGAACUUCUGGGAGGGUCGCUAUGAACAAUUGCAAGUCUACAAGGAUUUGAACGGCGACUGCCUAGUCCCGACGGGCCACUCCAAGUUGGGUGCUUGGGUCGGAACUCAACGUGAGUUGUACCGAAAGGGAGAACUCUCCCAAGAGCGCAUUGAGCUCCUGGAGAAGCUGGGCUUUGUGUGGGAACGUGCUCGUGGUCGCCCCAAGAAGGAAGAAGGUGUUUUGCGCACCGAGAGCGAAAAGCUCAUGGAAGAAGAGAUUGCGCUUCAGGAAGAGAAAGUGAAACUGCUCGAAGCUAGAGUCAAGUUGAAGCAGGGAAAGCUUAAACUCCAACUCAUCCGAGAUGCCAAGCCCAAGCGCAAGAGCGUACCUGGAAGCAGCUCUGCUGAUGGACCCGAAGCUAAGAAGGCCCGACCGACCAUCUAG